AUGGUAACAGGCGCAGCGGCGGCGCUCGCCGAGCGAAGCUGCGCGGCCGCCGCCCGGGCCGUGGAGGCCGCCGAGCGGCUGGGCGCCGACGCCGCCGCGGCGCUGCCCGGCGACUUGGAGGCGCUGCAGGCGCUGCUGCGGCGCGCGCCCGACGCGGCCGCCGCGCUCGACGCCGCCGCGGCCGAGCUGCAGGGCAACGAGGCCGAGCGCGCGCAGGAGCUGCAGCGUCGCGCCGCGCAGCUGCAGCGCCGCGCCGCGCAGCUGCAGCGCGACCUGCCGCAGCAGCUGCAGCGUGUACGCGACGCGCACGCUCGGACCGAGCGUUUGCUGCAGGGAAUAGACGAUCUGGAGGAGUUCCUGCACGGGCUCGAGCGGCAGAUGCCGAGCGCGGAGGAGUGCACGAUCCGCGACUCGGCCGAGCUGUACCGCAUGAAGAGCCGCUUCCAGGCGCUCAAGGAGCAGUGCGACGAGCGCUCCACGCAGUUCCGCAGCCUGAACGAGGAGGGCAACGAGAUGAUGCUGGCGGCGGAGCGGCGCGCGGCGGCGCUGGCGCGGCGCCUCACGCAGCUCUGCGCGCUCUGGUCGCGCAACACGCACGCCGUGUACGAGCGCUACAAGGUGCUGGCCGAGGCGUGGCACGAGUCGGGCGAGCUGCGCGCCUGGCUGUCGCAGCAGGGCGCGUGGCUGGACGGGCUGCAGCGGCGGCUGCAGCCCGCGCCGCCGCGCGCCGACGCCGAGGACAUCUCCGACGAGCUCUACGAUCUGGAGAACUACAUGCAGAACCACAGCGACGAGCGGCUGGAGCGCAUCCACACGAUCGGGCGGCAGCUCGUGGAGGCGCACAUCAUGCCCGAGUGGAUCCAGGCCGAGCUGGACGCCGUGUCGGCGCGCUGGGCCGCGCUGCGGCGCCAGGGCGAGGAGCGCGCGCGGCAGCUCGAGGCGGCGGCGCGCGACGCGGCGCAGAGCGAGCUGGCGCUCGAGCGGCUGCAGCAGUGGGCCGAGGCGGCGCGCGCGCGCCCGCCCGGCGCCGACCUGGCGGCCGAACUGCCCGCGCAGCGCCGCCAGCUGGAGGAGCUGCAGCAGCGCGCGCCGCCGCAGGGCGCCGCGCGCAUGCAGCACCAGCUGCAGCUGGUGCAGCGGCAGCUGGACGAGCUGGAGCGGCGGCUGGGCGCGGGGCCUUGGGGCGCGGCGGCCUCGUCGCCGCUGGAGGCGCGGCUGCACCUCGCGCAGGCCGCGCUGCGCGAGGUGCAGCUCGCCGCCGCCGCGCUGCCUCCCGCCGCGCCCGCGCCGCCCGACCCCGACGCCGUGCGCGCGCAGCUCCGGAACUGCCUCAAAUUGUAUCGCACGCUGAGCGAGAUCAAGUCGGAAGUGGAGUCGAUCAUCAAGAGCGGGCGCAAGGCGGCGGAGGAGCGCGCGGUGGCCGAGCCGCAGGAGCUGUCGAAGCGCAUCGACGCGCUGAAGGAGCUGUACAACAAGCUGGGCGCGCAGAUCACCGAGGCCAAGACGCGGCUGGAGGGCGCGCUGCUGGCGGCGCGCGAGCUGCAGAGCGACCUGCAGGCGCUGACGGGCUGGCUGGACGGGCGCGGCGCCGGCCUGGCGCGCCAGCCGCUCGAGCUGGAGAUGUCGCGCAUGGAGGCCGUGCGCCGCAAGCUGCACGCCAACUUCGCGCUGCUGGCGCCUUCCGCUGAGCGCCACGCGCUGCGCCGCCUCGAGGCGCAGCUGGCGCACGUCGACGCGCGCUGGCUCGCGCUCGCCGCGCCCGCGCUAAAGGACGACGGGGAGAGAGAGAGUGACGUUGUCGUUGAAUACGAAAAUGUGACGGAUACGAUAAAAAGGCGCCUGGAGAGCCCGGUCGACACGCCCGAGACGGAGAGGCCCGAAUUGAAAAGAUCUAAAAUACCUCUGGCACUCAAGAGCCCCGUGCCUAUAAAGAAGGAAGUUAAAGAAGGAGGCAACAGAAGCAGGGGCGCCUCUCUCGAGAGAGCUAAAAAGAGCGCCGACAGCGGCGAGUCGGGGGCGGGGAGCGCCAGGUCGGUGGACUCCGCGGAGGCGCAGAAGGGCAGCAGCACCUUCAACCUCCUCGAAGACAGCGACCUCUUCUCUCGGAUCUCUAACAACCAGGUGGAGACGGCAGAGCCGGCGCAGCACGGCGACGAACCGAAGGCAGAUAGUUACCACGUGGUCGAAGUGAAAGAGCGCGAGAUCGUGAAGUCGACGGUGAGCCCGAUCGAGCUCAAAGAGAUUUACCCGUCGGAAGCGGUCGAGACAGUAGUCGAGUUCAUUCCUCAAACCGUGGAGAGGGUCGAAAUUAUCGACGAUACGGAGGGCGAGUCGAUCUGCGACUCGGAUAGUGAGGAAGCCCGCGUUAGUGUCGAUUUCGGUUCCGAACCUACGACUUUUGUCGUGGAGGUGCAGAAGUUCGAGGAGCGCAUGAAACCUACUCUGGGUAUACUGAAGCGGCGCAACGGCGGAGAGGACGUGUCGAUGGGCACGCCGCCGCCCACGCCCACGCCCACGCCCACGGCGGAGGAAGGGGACGAGGGGGAGGGGCAGGCCAUCUACGCGGAGGUGGGCGACACGCCCCAGACGCAGGUGACGUCGGCGUCCGAUUUCGACGACAAGCCCCCGCUGUCGACGUCGACGCCGAUCAAGCAGGAGGCCGUGCGGCAACAGGCGCAGGUGGUGGGCGUGGCGCGCAAGGCGGCCGGCGUCGACGAGAAGUACCAGAAGAGCGACGAGUUCGAACAGGAGUCGCGCAGCGAGGGCGGGGGCGGUGCGCAGGGGGCGCGGGGGGCGGAGGGGGCGGAGGGCGCCCGAGGCUCGCUGGUGGGCGCGCGCUUCCCGGCGGCGUGCGCGGCCGACCCCGAGCUGGCGCGCUUCGAGGCGGCGGCGCUGGCCAUGGCGCGCCGGCUGCACGUGAUGCUGCUGACCGUGGGCGGCGUGGCCAGCGAGCGCGACCCCGCCAAGCGGCUCGAGAUCCUGAAGAACCAGCUGGGCGCGGUGGCGCCGGACGCGGCGGCGCUCAUCUCGCGCGGCGACAGCCUCGUGUACGCCAAGCACAAGGAGAACCCGCAGCUGGCGGAGUUCCUGCGGACGCGCUUCCAGGACGAGCUGCGCGGCCAGUGGUCCACCGUCAUGGCGGAGAUCGAGGCGAAGCGCAACGCGGCCAUCAAGGCCGAGGACGACGUGAAGGAGGUGGCCGCGCUCACGGAGCGGCUGCAGCGCUGGGCGCGCGACGGCGAGCCGAGCGAGGCGGCCGCGCGCGCCGCCGACGCCGAGCGGCUGCAGGCGCUGAGCCGCGAGCUGCGCGCUCAGCGCGUGGCCUUCGCCGAGCGCGCCGCCGCGAGCGCCGCGCGCGCCGCGCUGGCCCGCGCCGAGCAGGAGGCCGCGCCCGCCGACUCGGCGGAGGCGGAGAGGCGCGUGGCGGAGCUGGAGGCGCGAGCGGCGGCCGCGUGCCUGCGGACGGCUGAGCUGCGGGCCGGGCUGGCCGAGCCGCCGCUGGGCCCGCAAGACUACGACCAGUUCCCGCUGCAGGAGGAUGCACUGGAGAAACUGAAAUCGUCCAUCUCGGAAUUGAACGCCGACAUCGAAGACAUAGAGAGGCACCGCUCGGAGCUGAGCCGCACCUGCGGCGCCGAGCGGGCGGAGCGGCUGCAGCGGGCGCGCGACCGCCUGCAGCAAGAGCGGACGAAGCUAGACGCGGCCUUCGGGGAGCGAUACGAACGAUGGCUGCGCUGCCGAGCCGGGUGGGGCGAGCUGUACGCGGCGCUGGAGGCGGCGAACGCGGCGCUGGACGAGGGGGCGUUGGGGGCGGGGGCGGAGGGGGCGCAGGGGGCGCCGGGGGCGGGGGCGGAGGGGGCGCAGGGGGCGCUCGUGGAGCGCGCCGCGGCGCUGGGGCGGGGCGUGCUGGCGGCGUGCGGCGGCGCGCUCGCGGCGGACGUGGCCGCGCAGCUGCAGGCGCUGCAGCGGCGCGCCGCGGCCGCCGAGCGCGUGCGCCGCGUGCGCGAGCUGCUGCUCACCACCAGCGCCAACCCCUCCGACCACACCAGCCUCUCCAUCCGCCUCAGCCUCGUCAAGGUGAGCCCCAUCGGACCGCCCUUCGCCGCUUUUUUGGAUUCCUUAAUA